UUUUGAAAUUUAGUAGAACGCGUAGUGUGCGCUACUUGUAAGUUGGGGCGCCAAACAGUUACAUAUUUGAAAAAAAAAACAUAGAAAAGUGAAAGAAAACAAAAUAAAGCAAAAGCUUGUAAUAGCUAAAUAAUUAAAGAUUAAAACCAUAUUUAGUGAAAAAUUGUGAAACAGUAUUAUUAAAAUAAAAAUUUCACCGUAUUUAAGUGAAGCAGUGCAGUGCUAAGUAGCAAACCAAAACAAAACACGAAAACAGCCUAUGAAGUGGUAUAAGCACAAAGUGUUUUCAAAAAAUCAACAAACAAGUGCUCAUCUGUAAAAUUAUUGAUUUUGACAAAUAAAAGUGCAGUAUUGCUGCGCUAGAAAAUAAAAACGCGAAAUAUUUAUUUUUGCAAAUUCGGCAGUGCAUUAAAAAGCAAAACAAAAGGCUACAAGCUGAUAGCCCGUGAAUAUUGGCCAAUAAUAAAGUGUUCGGUGCAACAAAUGUUUAAGGUAAAAUUGCCAAAUUGCGUGCAGCGUAAAAAUUUUUUAUUUUGAAAUUGCACUUUUUAGUGAAAAUUGUGGCAGCUCAAGUCAAGCCAAUAAAAAUUAAUAUAAAAGUUCUGCAAAUGGCCGUGAAUAUGCCAGUUUUCAUUGUAGUUCUUUGAAGUGCGUUUUCCACAAAUAUUAUUUUUUUAAGUUAUUGCAUUUGGUUUCCAAAUGAAAACAGCCUCCCCAAUGAAAUGUAAAAGUUGGUCGAAUAAAAUCAACAAUUUUGUUGUGCGUCGCCUGAAGUCUAUAAAGAUAAACGGUCAACAGCAGCAACAGAUCCUGUCGCCGUGCAGCACGAUGCCAGCGAUGCCAAAAGAAAAGGCCACCGCAGUAUCGUUGAGUGAGAGCAAUUUCACCGAAUUGAAAUUUAAAGAAUUAUCCCUGAAUACAACAAACAACAGCGCCGCCACAAUGGCCACCACAGCAACAAGUCGCAUGCAUCAGCAUAGCACACAGACACCCACACAUCAUUUACCUGCAGCAGCCGUACAGACAACAAACACAACAACAGCAACAGCGCCGUCAGCCACAACCACACAACAGCCCACAAUGCCACAUCAUUGGAGCCAACGCCAAAGCCAACAACAACAAAUGGCACAGUCACAGUCGCGCAACAGCCUAUGUGGCUGCGGCAACAUCUCGGCGAUCAUACCCGAGUCAGUGGGCAGCUUAAAUCAUGGCAGCAGUAAAUAUCUAACAAAUGGACAUUCAUCACCUUUGGCCGCCGCUGUGGCCGCUGCACAGCAGAACGGCGCUACAACGCCGGAACACACGCCGACAUGUUGUCGUUAUCAGCAACACCAACAACAGAAUGGCUACGACAGCGUCGAACACCAGCAACAACAACAAUUGCCACGCACAUACAACAACAAUGCGCUAGCAGGUGGUGGUGGUAGCAAUGCACCACCCACCACCGCCAUCAAUAUAUCCGCCUCGGCCGCCGCAACACUCUCAGUAGCAUCUGCUGCCAAUAUCGGCUCCGCCGGUGCAUCCACAUCGCCCACAAAUGUCGCCGUAACGCCGCCAAAGAAAUCGCCAAACGACUAUAUUUUCGGCAAAUACAUUGGCGAGGGCAGCUUCAGCAAUGUUUACCUCGCCGUCGAUGUGAAUUCGAAACGUGAAUAUGCAAUUAAAGUCUGCGAGAAACGUCACAUCAUACGCGAGGACAAACAGGAGUAUGUGCGUCGUGAACGCGAAGCGCUACACAUGAUGACCAAUGUGCCGGGUUUCGUGAAUUUGUCAUGCACGUUCCAGGAUCGUCGUUCGCUGUACUUUGUGAUGACCUAUGCCAAAAACGGCGAUCUGCUGCCGUACAUCAACAAGGUGGGCUCCUUCGAUGUGGACUGUACACGCCACUAUGUCGCCGAAUUAGUAUUAGCUUGCGAGCAAAUGCACUAUCGCAAUGUGGUGCAUCGUGACCUGAAGCCAGAGAAUAUACUCUUAGAUGAGGAUAUGCAUACGUUGAUUGCCGAUUUUGGUUCGGCGAAAAUCUUCAAACCCGAGGAAUGUAUUAAUCCCGUCAAACCGGCACCAUUUUCGUUGGGUCGUCGCAGCGGACGUAAUUCACAGAAUCGCAGCGAUGACGACGACGAUGAGGAUGACGAUACGGAGGAUACCAAUGAUACGUGUAGCGAUGAUGAUAAUGCGCCCGGUGGACGCGGUGGCAUGUAUUAUUAUCGUGGACGUAAGGGCAGUUUUGUUGGUACAGCGCAAUAUGUGUCGCCGGAAGUGCUGCGUAAUGGUUUCGUUUCACCUGCUGCUGAUCUCUGGGCACUCGGUUGUAUAGUGUAUCAAAUGAUUUCCGGUCUGCCGCCGUUCCGUGGCAGCAAUGAUUAUGUCAUAUUUAGAGAAAUACUCUCCGGCGAUCUAGACUUUCCGCAAGGCUUCGAUAAGGAUGCCGAAGAUCUAGUCAGACAACUAUUGAAGAUACGACCCGAAGAACGUUUGGGCUCACAAGAUGCCAAAGGCAGUUAUGUCAGCAUACGUGCGCAUCCAUUCUUUAAUGGCAUCGAUUUUGCGACAAUACGUCAGCAGACACCGCCACCAAUUUACCCAUACUUGCCGGGCGUAUCGAAGGAUGACGGCUUUAGUUCGCAUUAUUUUAUGCCAGAUAAUCUAGAACCCGGCUUGGAUGAUAAGCAGCUGACACGUUUGCUCGGCAUGGAAUUGGGCACAUAUAUUGAGAAAAAGACUGUAGUAAAAAAUAUUUACGACCUUUCGGAGAGCGAAAAGCAAAAGCGUUUGGAGCAACAAAAGUCUGAUAAAUGGCACGUCUUCGCCGAUAACGAAGUCAUCCUGAAGAAGGGUUACAUCAACAAACGCAAAGGUCUGUUCGCGCGCAAACGCAUGCUGCUGCUAACAACGGGUCCACGGCUCAUCUACAUCGAUCCCGUGCAGAUGGUGAAGAAAGGCGAAAUACCAUGGAGCGCCGAAUUGCGCGUCGAGCCGAAAAACUUCAAAAUAUUCUUUGUGCAUACGCCCAACCGAACGUACUACUUGGACGAUCCCGAUGGCUACUCACUCGAAUGGGUCGACUCCAUCGAACGCAUGCACAAAUUCACCUACCCCAAUAGCGAUACCGGCGCGACGACGACGUCGACGGCGACAGGCACCUCGCCGAAAUCGUCACAUCGAACAAACUCACCAACGUUCUUCAGCAGCGGCGGCGGCGGCAGCCACUCCAGCGGCAGCAGCAGCAGCGGCAACAUGUUGACCGCGGCCAUCGCCGCCGCCACAGGCCGAACGACGAAAACGGCGUCGAAUUGAAUGAAGCGACCGCCGCAACCACCACCACCACGUCGUCGUCGUCAACCAGAUAUUAUAUAUCUACUAAAGAAUGCAACAAGAAUUCUACAAAAACACGCAAAGGCACACAGCAUCCAAAUGCGUGCCGAAUUGCAGCUAAAAACCUAGGUGUUCCAAGGCAGAAUGUAUGUGCCGCCGCUGUGGCUCCACAGAGCAGCUGUUAAAGCAACAACAAAAACGUUAAAAAAAACUAAAACUGUAGUGGAGCAACAACAACA